UGAGUUGAAUUUUUCUUUGAAGGAUUCAGUUCGUGAAGGAGCCCCCGCAAGUUGGAAGAAGAAAGAGAAACUACCUCAAGUUACCCGUUCAUGGCAUAACUAUAUGUGUAAUACUGUCAUACAGGAUUUUCAGGCCUCUGUGCUACAGGUGUCCGAUUCAUCCUAUGAUGAACAAGUAGCUGCCCAAAUGCCCACUGUUCACUAUGAGCUGCCUAAUGGGUACAACUGUGAUUUUGGAGCGGAAAGACUUAAAAUCCCUGAGGGCCUGUUUGAUCCUUCAAAUGCCAAGGGUCUAUCAGGGAACACCAUGCUGGGAGUCAGCCAUGUUGUGACUACAAGUGUUGGCAUGUGUGACAUAGACAUUCGACCAGGUCUGUAUGGCAGUGUGGUAGUUACAGGAGGAAACACUCUCAUCCAAGGGUUUACAGACAGGCUUAACAGAGAACUCUCGCAGAAGACGCCACCAAGUAUGCGCUUGAAAUUGAUAGCCAAUAACACAACUGUUGAGCGCAGAUUUAGUGCCUGGAUUGGGGGCUCCAUCCUCGCAUCGCUGGGAACUUUCCAACAAAUGUGGAUUUCUAAACAGGAGUAUGAGGAAGGUGGGAAACAGUGUGUUGACAGGAAGUGUCCCUAACCAGUUCCUGCAACACCAGGUUGCCUUCUGACAGAGAUGAAAAUAAGAAUUAUACCACCCAGUAGAAAAAGCCUUCUUAGUGGACUCAGGAACUAACAAGGACAAUUGCUGUUAUUUUUAGUGCAAACAAACCAUAUUUUAAACAGUUUAUUGUGGUUGCACUAUUUUCUACUCCUCCACAUAAUAUUUUCAUAUCCAGUUUGGCUUUCCUGAUCAUCUGAUUCAUUCUAAAUAAGUGUCAAGGUUGUGUUUUGGUACAUGGGAAUUAUAAUCCCUUAACUGUAUCAGUGCUUAGGAAAGUUGAUUCAUUUUUUUUUUUUUUUUGCACCACCAGAAACCAAAUGUUUGUUAUUGCUUUUAACAAAUCGGCUCUUUUGGGAAUAAAAUUGUUUGUCUUAAAAUGGUCUAAAUUUAUCUCAUUUUGCUUGAUUAGGUUAGAUUGUCAAUGCGGUGAUUCUGUACUUUUGUUCUCAUAUUUAGUACGUUUCGACUGGUUUAUUCAUACUUGCGUAUUUAGAAAAAUCUAUACUUCAUGUGUCCCUUGAACUCAAGAAGAGGGAUGAUUUUCAAUCCUAAUAAUAUACAUCUUUGGAAAGACAUAAUUAAAAAAAGGUAACUACACAAACAGUCUCUGUUACAAGUUUGGUUUUAUUAUUUGACUGUACAACGUAUUAUGAGAAAUGAAAAGUAUUAUGUGUUGAGAAGACAAUAUUAAAUGUGAAAAGCCUUUUCAA